AUGGUUCUAUGCAUCGCCACUUUCCUCAGCCUACAUCCAGAGGUGGUCAACUGCGCAUACUGCGGCGGGGAUGCCGGCGGCGGCAUCUGCAACGGUAUCGGCCCGCGGAUGAUUGGUUAUCAGGGAUGCCCCUGCUCAACGAAUGACGGCGGAAUGCCGCCCUAUUACCGGAGCAAGGUCUGCCCGGAAGAUUUUGAGCGCCCGACGCAAAAGUGUGGCGAUCCCGAGUGUGACGAUGACAAGUUCGACGCGGGCAUUUGCAGCGCCAAGAGGUUCACAGGCGAGGGAGGCAUCUACCGCCACUGCAGCUGUUGUCCACGAGACGAGGAGUUGUUUUGCGAGGAUUGUGGGGGUGAUGAUGGCGAUGCCAAGUGCUUGGGUAUCCCGCAGUAUCGCGGCACCCAGUAUCAAGGCUGCCUGUGCACACCUGGAUCCCUUGCGAGGACCAUCCGUUUUCUCAAUGCUCAGAAGCCCGAUUGCGCGGAUGCCCUAUGCGAGGGCAACAACGACGAACACAAGUGCACAGUAGAGUUCGGCACCGAGAAGAACAAGGACUGCACAUGCUUCCAGCUUUUCAAGGACAUGGAAGGCGAGCGUCCCUUCUCCGAUGCCGAGAUUGACGCCCAGCAGACCUUUAUCGACAACCUUAUCAACGACAAGUCUGAGGGUUGCGUAGAAGGCUUCACGAACAGUACUGUUCUAACGAUCGAAACGACUGGAAACUUCAUCAGCCUCUACUUUGAGCCGGAUGUGUUCCCUGAAAUGUUUGAAAACGGCAAUUCGCAGUGGCGAAUCGUCGACAUCACGGGCUUCGCAAAGGAGUGGCUUGUCAGAUUCCAUCCGUCAGAGACUAUCGCUGGGACCUCCACCGAUGGAAGGGUGACGUUUGAUUUUGAUGAAUCGAUACAAGCUAUUGAACGCGUUUCCAUCGAAGCACCUCUGCCGUUCGAGGCGGAUGGCUCUUGUCCUACAACCAUUAAGAUCGCUGUAGAUGCUGCUUGUGCCGGAAACCUGCCUGCCGAGCCCGAGAUUGCGGAGCCGAACCGCUGCCGUGGCUGGACGAUUUCACGAUAG